AUUUGAAUUACUUUAUAUACAAAUAUUCAUGUAUAAUUGACUUUUUAUUCUUCUUUUUUUAAUAUUUUUCUGUGUGUGUGUGUUCAAUAUUAAUUAACUACAACAACAACAACAACAACAAAAUGUAUUACUCAAUAUCAACAUUAAGCCUAGACGGAUUAAGUAUAGAUGAAGAUACAAGUGAUGAUAACGGUAGAGGAAGAAAAAAUACGCAAAGUACUACAUCAUCAUGGUCUUCUUCUAGUUCUUUAUUCUCUAAUUCAACCGUUUUAUCAUCUAUGACUACUACUUCUCAACAAGACGAUAAUGAAGAGCAAUCCACCUUUUAUUAUCAUUAUCAAUUGAAUGAUUUUUUCAGUAUGCAUGAAGACGAUAAAAAGAAAGAAAAAUUAUGUGAAAUACUGUCUCGUUCCGCUUCUCAUGGUGAUAUACAAAUGAUAAAGCAGAUUAUCAUGGAUGAAAGACUAAGUCCAUAUUUGAAUUUGGAUGUAUCAGAUGAUGAUGGCUCUACACCACUUAUAUAUGCAAGUUGUUUUGGUAAGCUUGAAGUCGUAAAAUAUUUAUUAGAGAUGGGAGCCAAGUUAGAUGUACAAGAUAAAAUUGGCUGGACAGCGCUUAUGUGGGCUACUACAAAUGGUCAUAACCAGAUUGUACAAGUUUUAUUAGAUUAUAGUGCCUCCUCAGAAACAAAAUCGUUGAGUGGUAGAACAAUUUAUGACCUUGUAGAUACAGAAAAUGAAAAAAUUGUGUCUAUAUUGUAUGACAAGUCGACUCAUAAGAUGAAGGAAAGAAAAUUAAAUAGAAUAAAAUCAAAUAUACUCUUAGUAGAUGAUUUGAAAAUGAUUACAGAUAGUAGCAAUCAACAACAAGUAGAAGGAGAAAAGGAGAAAGAACAAGAAGAGCUUAAUGAGUAUCAAGCUAGCUUUAGAUCAGUUCAUAAGUUUAACUGGGAUGAAUGUUUACCAGAUCAAAUGUUUGUCUUUGCUGAAAAGGAUAUUGAUCAUAUUUUAAAUGUUUCUAUUUCUCAUCUUGAAUUACCUUUAAACGCCAGAUCAGAAAUUUAUGUGCCUGCAAAUAUUAUUUUUUUAUGUGCAAGGUAUGCUCAUUAUUAUACAAAUAGAGAACUUGUAUAUCAAUUAUUAUCAAAAGCAAUCGAAAGAAUCAAGUACAUAGUGAAGUCAAAUAGAAGUGAUAUUCACAUUUUAGCCUUUUGGAUUGCUAAUUUGUCACAAUUAUUAUUUUAUUUAAAGAAAGAUGUGGUUUUAGUUGUUGCUACAGCAGAAUAUCAACUAGAGAUUUCGGAACUUAUAUCUGAAGCAUACACAUUACUUAUUAUUGAUUCUGAAAGGAGAAUAGACUGUAUCCUUGAACCAUCUAUGCUUGAGUUUGAACAAAUUGAUGGACUUGACGUUGUUGAAUUUGCUGAUGAUUGGCAUCGGUUCUUUAGACGAAAUCGACUUUCAUCGAUAUCUUCAACACAUCAUCGAAAAUCCUUUAACUGUAGCACACCAAGUUCAAUAGACUACUCAUCCUUGCAACCACCACUCUAUCGAACCAGUUUAUCACCUCAAUCAGUGACCUCUCUUCUCACAUCUACCCUUUAUGUCCUACAAUCGUAUGACGUUCAGCCUGUCAUUGUCAUUCAAGCAAUUGCUCAGCUCUUUCAUUUUCUCUCCUGUGAACUAUUUAAUAUUAUCCUAUCUAAUAGAAAAUAUCUUUGUCGUUCAAGGGCUUUACAGAUACGUAUGAAUUUAACUAUAAUUGAGGAAUGGAUUCGAGAGCAUCAACUUCCAUUAUCAUUAAAUGCAUAUUUUAAACCCGUUAUUCAGUUAGUUCAAUUAUUACAAUGUGUUUCUCAACUUGCAGAGUUGAUUGAUUUUAUCAGCACUAUCAAAUCAUUUGAUUUAUUGAAUCCUAUGCAAGUAAAACGUCUCAUUUUAAAUUAUAGAUAUGAGGUCUCAGAGUCAAGGAUACCAGAAGAAAUUGAAAAAUAUACAAUGCAAAUAGCAGAGGAUACACUAAAAAGCAUACAACUUGAAAAGCAAGAGGAAAAGAAUUCUAUUUCUACAAGUAACAAUAACAGCAGUCGACCCAGUAGUGUCUCUAGUUUAGGUAGUCUUUUGAUGUAUAGUAUAUCACAACAACAGCAGCAUAAUAAUAAUAAUAAUAAUACGGUAUCACACAUGCCAAUACAGAAUAUGGACUACUCUAGUAGUAAUAGAGCCGAUCACUCUGAAGAUGAUGUAUGUUUGACUAUAAAUAAUAGUAAUAAUAGUGAAGAUGAUGUAGGAAGAGAAUGGACUGUUGAAAAACGAGAUUCAAAAUACAUGUUACCAUUUUCUUUGCCAACAACAACUAACAUGGUUCAUUCAGGUUGGAAUAGUAGCAGUUGUCAUGAUAAGGUGAAUAUAACACAGGAUACCUUGCAAGAUCAGAAUAAUAAGAGUUUAUCAGACACUAUAUAUUAUGAAUUAAAGCAAAAAAUAAAGGCAGAAAGAGAGAAAAAUGCACGAGAAAGAAGUGUCAUUCCCACAAUACCAGAAGACUGGCUGCAACGCUUAGAUCGACAUAGUCAUGAUCAAAUAUAAACAAUAUGUUAUACAUAUAGGUAUAUAGUAUAUGUUAUUCUCUUUUUUUUUUCCCCUUUUGUACAAUAACAAUAAAUACAGUAUUUUACGUAUUUUAUUUAAUUCAAAUGAAAUAAAAAAAAAUCUUUAUAUUUUUAUAUAAA